CAUUUAAAUCAUCACGGCAUUUGCUGAAUAAGCAGGUUAGCCAUUGAACCGGCUUACUAAUAGGUAAAAUUUGCCCUGACUUCGGUAAUAACAUCAAUUAUUCUGCCGGGAUAAGACUAUAUAAACAAUAUUAAAACACACACUAUGUAAAUAUCUCAUCACUGUUUCUCAAGUGUCACCUUUUUUUUCUUUUUUUUUAAUUGCUGAUAAUUCUUUUUGGUAGCUUACAACAAACUCGUCACGAUGAGCAAAUUGGACGGAAAGACUAUUUUGAUUACCGGUGCAUCCGCCGGCAUUGGUAAGGCUACUGCCAUUGAAAUUGCCAAGACAGGCAAAGCAAAGUUGAUUUUAACCGCUCGUCGCGUCGCUGUGCUUGAGGAACUGAAGGCUGAAUUGGAGUCAAAAUAUGAAGGCGUCAAGGUUCUUCCUCUGAAGCUCGAUGUGUCGAAUGUUAAAGAAGUAGAGUCCACAAUUGCUUCUCUUCCUGAAGAGUUUGCUAACAUUGAUGUCUUGAUCAACAAUGCUGGUCUUGCUUUGGGUAUAAACUUCGUUCGUGAUUUGGACAUGCAAGAGACUAUGACGAUGGUUAACACAAAUGUUGUCGGUCUCAUUGCAAUGACCAAGGCCGUUAUCCGCAUCUUUUACAAAAACGGUGGUCGCGGAGACAUCGUCAACGUUAGCAGCAUUGGCAGCCAAGAGUGUUAUCCCCGUGGCUCUGUCUACUGCUGUACCAAGGCAGCUGUAAGCAUGUUCACCUCUGCUGUACGACGGGAAACCAUUGAUACCCGCAUUCGUGUCUUGGAAAUUGACCCUGGAAUGGUUUUGACCGAGUUCAACACAGUUCGUGUACAUGGCGACAAGGCCUUUGCUGAUAAACUUUACGAAGGUUGCGAUCCUUUGACAGGACAAGACGUUGGUGAACUUAUCGUUUUCGGCAUUACCCGCAGAGAAAACGUUGUUCUUGCAGAAGCAUCAAUUGUUCCUUCCUGUCAAGCCAGUACCACGGCUCUUUACCGCAAAACGGAGUAGUGCAUGCAAUAGAAAUAGAUGAUUUAUGACGCGCAACAAAAAAGACCAGCGAUUAGGUCCCAGCAGUACUACAGCCAAUUUUAAGGGAAUAUUUCUCUAUCGUACUGUGGUAGGUUUGUUUCAAAGCGACAAGCUCUCAGGGUGUUCGCCAAACUGCCAAUGGGGAAUCCCAGUUAUGAAGAUUAUUUUACUCCAUGUGUAAUAUAUGGACGGCUCCUGUGUCGGCCGUUAUAAUUCGGUUUCGUAUGAAUUAACGGCUUAAAGCUUCUAUUAACCAUUCAUCGUGAUGAAUGCGAAUGCAUUUAGCACAAACCUUUCGCAUUUUAGCUUAAGGUUAUCUAAGAUACGACAUAUAACAUAGUGUUUAAAGUCAGUACUCCCGUGCACUUUAACAACAGAAAAACAAAUAAACAAACAAAAAAGCUAGCUCGACCUAGUGUGUACGUC